CAGCGUGCCAUCCUGCGACUCGUACGCGGCGGCCAUGCUGCUGAGUGCUGCAGGGGACGCUCUGGGCUACAGGAACCAGCUGUGGGAAUACUGCAAAUCCGGAGCCCAAAUCCACAGCCAGCUGAAAGAUCUGGGGGGGCUGGUGAAAAUAACCGCGUCUCUACCGGACUGGCCGGUCAGCGAUGACACCGUGCUCCACUUGGCGACCGCCGAGAGUCUGGCUACAGGGAAGCUGGGAGAAGAUUUAUAUCAUGAGCUCGCUACGAGAUACGUGUCUGCCAUGUCCGAUAUGGAGGGGAGGAAGCCUGGACCCACCAGUAUUCUAGGAACCUCUCAGUUGCGUCCCGGGGAACCUGGAGGAUUCCGCAUUCCAUUUAACCCUUCGGCGACCGGCUGUGGAGCAGCGAUGAGAUCCAUGUGUAUAGGGCUCAGAUUUCCCCGACCGUCGGAGCUGUCCCUCCUGGUCGCCGUCAGCGUGGAGAGCGGGAAGAUGACCCACAACCACCCCACAGGGUACCUUGGAUCUCUUGCAUCGGCCCUCUUCUUGGCUCUGGCGGUACAGAGAGUCCCCCUGGAAUUAUGGGGGGUGCGUUUGUUAGAGGCUCUUCCUGUGGCUCUAGAGUAUAUCCGCUCCACAGGGAGUGACGUGGAGCGCCAUGUGGAAGCGUGGGAUUACUUCCGAGAAAGCUGGGAGAGGUACCUCUCAGAGAGGGGUCUAUCUCAGGGUACCGGACCGGCUGUGUUCCCACCUCUGUACGGUCCUGAAGAGAGGGACAAGGAGUACGCUCGCUGGUGUCUGGAGGACUGGGCAGGGAGGAGUGGCCAUGAUGCUCCGAUGAUCGCAUACGACGCCCUCUUGGGGGCAGGGAACUCAUGGGAGGAGCUAUGUAGUCGCUCCAUGUUCCAUGGAGGUGACAGCGACUCCACAGGCGUGAUUGCUGGCUGUUGUUGGGGGGCUUUGUAUGGACUAUCUGGGGUACCGAAGGGAAACUACAGUGAGUUGGAGUACCGAGACCGACUGGAGAGUACAGCUAGAUCGCUCCACAAGCUGGCCUGGCCUGGACACUAA